AUUUCCAGAAAUCCAUGGCAUAAUUCCAUAUCCACUAAAUAAAUUAUUUAUUUUAACAAAAAUUAAAAAAAAAUAGCAAAAGAAAAUCAGGCUAGGGGAUGAAUCCCCCUUUCUCCAUUGCCAAUCUGCUCUGAAUCUGCAAACAAAGCAAAAUCAUCUUCCAUUUCAUGGAAAAUCGGCAAAAAAAUUGAAAAAAUACCCAUAAAAAUCCAAUCUUGAUUCUCAAUUCACCGGCCAUGCGCCACCGGAAGUCGUCGGAGCUGAAAAGACCAGGAUCUGACCUCCUUCAACAGCCUGACGCCGACCCACCUCGUUAUCGAGGUGUUCGUAAACGGCCAUGGGGUAGAUUCGCAGCAGAGAUUAGAGAUCCGAUUAAAAAGACUCGAGUUUGGCUGGGUACCUUUGACACAGCUGAAGACGCCGCACGCGCUUACGACGAUGCUGCACGCGCUCUCCGUGGAGCUAAGGCGAAAACUAAUUUCAAUAUGUUACCUCUAACAGAUGAUCCUUAUGAUGAUGAGUUUGAGCUUUUCCCCAAUCCGAGACCGGCUUCUAGCAGUAUGAGCAGUACGUUGGAAUCGUCUAGUGGGCCUCGUGGCGGAUCGAGUAGUAAGGUGACCCGGAUGAAGAUUCCUCGCCCAGUUCGUCCGAUGGAGGAAUGCCGGAGUGAUUGCGAUUCGUCGUCGUCUGUGGUGGAUGAUCGGUGUGAUGUUGAUCAAACGUCAUCGUUUGUGACCAAACAACCUCUGCCGUUCGAUCUGAAUCUGCCACCUCCGUCGGAUAACGAUGGAGUUGAUGUUGAUGAUUUGCACGUCACCGCUUUAUGCCUCUAAUUUACCCUUCUGUUACGGUGAUGUUUGUUGUUAAUUAAUUUGAUGAUGAAGAAAAAAGAAAAAAAAAAAGGAAGUUCUUUUAGUUUUCGUUGUCAAAUCUUCUUACUUUUUUUUUCAAAUUUUGCUCGGAAAAAUGAUGUACUCAAAUGGUGGAUGAUGAAAAACAAAAUGGAUUUUUAGAUUAUGUGUAGAUUAGUGUAAUGAGUCAUGAUGCGAUCUGUAUUAAGAAAGAUUGUAUCUGUAUUUGUGUCUGUAUCACAAAAAACAUUGGAUCUGAUCUUGAGUUACUGUCAUCUCUUGAUCUAUCUCCCUUGCAUUUUUUUUAAACCUUUUUGUAUAUAGGAAGUUGGAAUUUAUAAUAAGAACUUAUACUUGCUCAGCUC